CGACGCCGCCGCCGACGACGGUGCCGACCGCGCCGACGGAGGCGCCGACGGCUGCCGCCGCGCCUUGCCGCAGGGGCCAUUUUGGCCCAGCCGCCCCGGCCGAGAGGUUCUCUGCGCCCGGCGGCGCGGGGCCUGUCUGGGCGGGGCGGAGGGUCCGCGGCGCGCCGCCUCGCGAUGGCCGCGGCCGCCCCUUCGCGGGCCAUCCGCAGGGGCAAUGGCGGCGCAGGCUGCUGGGUUCCGCCACGCGCUCCUUCGGAGCCCGCAGGUGCCCGCCAGGCCUACCCCAUCUUCUCGGACAGCGAGGAGGAGCUGCCCUUGUCCGGGCUGUACGACCGCGACGAGGAGUCCCCGGGCCGCGAGGUGGACCCCGCGCGCACGCCGAAGGUUCAAAAUUUGAUCGACUUCGAGGCAUGCAGCAAGGUCGCGGCGGCGGCGGAGGUGCGGACUGCGCUGCUGCAGCACAGACUCUCGGUGCAGGCGGACAGUGCCCGAUUGGAACGGGCCUUCGAGGAGUCGCGGGCGCGCGACCGCCGGCGGGUCGCCUGCAUGGUCGCUGGGCUUAGGGACCGGCAACUCCAGCGCGACGCGUUGCUCGUCUGGUUCUUGGCCUCGAGGCGGGCGACGCCGCCUCGGGCGGCAGCGACGGAGGCGGCGGCGCCGAGACUGGCGGCGCCAGAGGCUGCGCGUUUGAUCCUGGCGCGGCCGUCGCAGGCCGAAGGAGGCGGGUUGUUGGCCGUCGGCGUGCCCGUCGCUUGGAGCGGCGUGUUGGCGCUCUGGAGCGGCCUGGCCCUGAGGGCUGACCGCCGGCUGGCGCUCCUGGCGCUGCCCCUCUGGGGCGUGGCCGGCGGCCUCCUGUCGCGCUCCGCGCUCGGGGGCCUCGGCGGGGGCCGCCAGCGGAAGCGGCCGUGAGCGUCGGCCCGUGGCCGCGAAGGCCUCCGGGCCCGUGCUCGUCCGGAGGCGGGCCAGGAUCGGGUGGACAGAACCCCCACCCCGACACGUCGAUGAGUACCUUAUCUCGAUCAGAUAGCUAUGUUUGGAUUUUGUCGCUUCGCGAUCGAAUCCUUGUUAUUGCUAGCCUUGCCUGUGUUUGAUUACAGCGCCAGCAGUGCUGAAAGCCGAUCGUCUCCUGCAGGUCGCGUGCAUCGCAUCCGUUUAAGUGCCCAAAGGGGCUGCCUGCAAUGCAAGCCGUGUCGAGCCGUUUGCUCCCUUUCUGCCAGCACGCCUGGCACUACGUUUAAUGAAGAGCCAGGCUUGUAUGCCCGGCUGCUCUGGCGCCUCAGCCGCUUGCGCCCGCGCACCGUGCAGGAGGAGUGUGAUUCCAGAAAACCCGUUGCUCUCCUCACCUGCUCUCUGCCGCCGCUCUUUUGGC